AUGGAACAACUCGAGACCGCCCUCCGUCCGGUGCUGCAGCCCAUCACCCAGAACCUCCCUGGACCAAUCCGCGACAUUGGUAUCUCUCUCCUUGGAAACCACUGCUACAAGACUCUCAUCCACGAUGUUCAACUCAGCGAUGCAUCUUGCUUCAAGCUGGCCAUUUCCAAGGGCCUCGGUAUUGGUAUCAUCGGCGCAUCCGCCGUCGUCAAGAUUCCUCAGCUUCUCAAGCUCCUGAACUCGCAGUCAGCUGCCGGUUUGAGUUUCCUGGCCUACGCUCUCGAGACCAGCUCAUACCUCAUCUCGCUCGCCUAUAAUGCUCGCAUGGGCUUCCCCUUCAGCACCUACGGUGAGACGGCUUUCAUUGCCGUCCAGAACGUUGCCAUUGCAGCUUUGAUCCUUCAAUACAGCGGCAAGGGCGCAGCUGCUGCUGCCUUUGUGGCUGGUCUGGCUGCUGCUGGCUACUCGCUCUUCAGCCCUGGCAUCAUCGACAUGAAGACCAUGGGCCUUCUUCAGGCCGGAGCUGGUGCUCUGGGUGUUGCCAGCAAGUUGCCCCAGAUCAUCACUGUCUGGCAGCAGGGCGGCACCGGUCAGUUGAGCGCUUUCGCCGUCUUCAACUACCUCUUCGGCUCCCUCUCCCGUAUCUUCACAACCCUCCAAGAAGUCGACGACAAGCUCAUCCUUUACGGCUUCAUCUCUGGCUUCGUCCUCAAUGCCGUCCUCGCCCUCCAGAUGAUCUACUAUUGGAACAGCGCCCCUAGCAAGGUCAGCGCUCCUUCGCACAAGCUGAACGAGUCGGGAAGAAAGGAGGCUAUUGCCAUGACCACAAGCGCUGAACCCAAGGGCAAGGGCCCAAGCACUCGCAGAAGAGGUUAG